AGCGCACUCUGGUGUAUGGCUGAUAGUUCUGACAGAGUGGGACAUCAUCAUUUCUACCCCAUCUUUGCUGCAAGCUACACCAUCCAAAACACGACCCGAUUAUUUUUAGAUUACACCAUACAAUCUAUGGGCCACACCGACUUCAUACAGGAGCUAAAAUACGGGCCAUAACAACCCAAGACCGCCAUACUAAACGACUGAGGACAUGGCGACAAUGUUAUUCAGAUUCGGUGUCAUUGUCACACCGGAGUCUUCGGACGUGGAAGUCUUUGUGUUGGGUUCGCGUGAGGAAAUGGGCCAAUGGGACCCGACUAGAGCGGUUCAGAUGAAAGCCUCACAGAAGCUCCCGUCACCACAUGAACCUUGUCUGUGGAUAGGCGAAGUGAGGCUGGCGGAGCCCUUUAAAGACACGCUGUGGUUCAAGUUCGUCAAGAGAGUCGGAGGCACUUAUAUCUGGGAAGGCAGCGGUCCAAGCCAUGACAGAUGGUGUUCGUAUGAAGACAGGAACGUGGUGGAUGGAGUUUACUGUCACCCGAUUGGUCACUGGAUAGAGGAAACAGGACACACAGAUGAGAUGAAACACACCACCAACUUUUACUUCAGUGUGGCUGGUCACAAAGCCAUGCAUUUUUCCAGGGUGCUGCCACGUGUGUGGCUGGGCAGCUGCCCUCGACAGGUGGAACAUGUGACUGUAAAGAUGAAGUUUGAAUUGGGAAUUACUGCAGUGAUGAACUUCCAAACGGAGUGGGAUGUGGUGAACAACUCCAGUGGCUGCAGGCGCAACACUGGGGAAGCCAUGACCCCGGAGACCAUGAUGCAUUUAUACAGAGACUGUGGUCUGGCAUAUGUUUGGAUACCCACACCUGACAUGAGCACUGAGGGUCGGAUCAGGAUGCUUCCCCAGGCAGUAUUCUUGCUUCAUGGUCUUUUGGAGAAUGGCCACACUGUUUAUGUUCACUGUAACGCUGGAGUAGGCAGAUCAACAGCGGCUGUGUGUGGCCUACUCAUGUACAUCCUGGGCUGGAGCAUGAGGAAAGUACAGUACUUUGUUGCAGCCAGGAGGCCCGCGGUGUACAUAGAUGAGGAGGCUUUAGUCCAAGCUCAGGCCGACUUCAUCCAGAAGUUUGGACAACUGCGAUCAUCCAUCUCUUACCCAGAGACAUGAGAACUGAGUGUGAAAAGCUCCACCGGACUGGACAUUUAGUUAGUAAAAUGAUUCCUGACGUUAUAUGAAAUAGACUAUAUAAUCAGCAUGAAAAGUGCUGGAAGGAGAAAUAAUAAAGCGAGAAAAAUAACUUCUUUCCACUUAAAUGUGAUGUACGCAAAUGACCCACUUAAACUGAGUGGCUUUUUGAAAUGCGGAUGAUCCCCAAGUAUCCAGAGAGAGUGUUUUCUGGCGAUGUGUUAACUUUUGACUUCAGGAAUUUCUCUUUGUCAUUUAGCACAGUUGCAAAUCAUGCACCAAGAGUACCAGUAAAUGUCUGCAGGGGUAUUUGGAAAGAUACUUUAUGUUUAGUCUUUUUUGUGAUAAUCAGUGAAAAUAAAUAACUUUUUGAGAGGGCAACUUUUAGCUGAUGUGCUGAAUGACUGUAACACAGAAAAACAAAUCAACAAGCUACAAAAAUAAUUUAACAAGACCACAGGUAUGAGGUAAAGAUUUCUCAUUUCAAGUUGAGAAGGAAGCAGGUCAUGAACAAUUACCCUCCCCCCCCAAAAAAAACACGCUGUGCUCCUCCAUAAAGGAUUAUUCCACAGUUGCUAUUGCAUGACUCUCUAUCAAUUUAGAGAAUCCUUCUUUUCCUUUCAGAAGGGUAAAGUACAUUUUUCUUUAUUAUUAUUUCCGAGAGAGGUCUUAAUUUAAUGCUGCAUGAAAAUUGCACUCCUUGCCAAAGCAACAAAUCAAUUCCCAAAACCCAAAAAUAAUGACAAUGCCUCUCCCCCUCUGUCAGAGAGGUAUUAACUUCCCAGACAUAGAAGAAUACGGCCCCGCCCCGUCUCUCUCAGAGAGCUUGAUAGCAUUUCAUCUUUAUUUGUUUAUCCGACAGAUGCUAUUCCGAGCCAUCUCCUAAAUAACAACAUCCCUGCCAGACCAUAUUAAUGCAUGUAUAAAAAACAUUAUUGGAAUAUUGCUUGUUGUCAAUUCUGAACUCCUGCCUAGAGUCCUGCUGAGGAUGUACAGCUUUUUGAGGGUACAGGGUUUUUGUAACCUGUCCCUGGUUUCAGAAAGCUAGCGGGUUAGGCAGGAGGAAAUAUACCUUCUCAUUACUCUGAGUCCCUUCAGAAAACAGCACCUUGAGAGGGUGUCAGUGGGGACGGCUGCUUGAACCACGCGCAUGCGCUAUCACCGUGUUUCCAAACAUUCUAAAAAUAUUCGCAUAAACUGAAUACAAAAUGAGUGAAGUGUUUUUCUUCUGUUUUUGUAGAAGCAGAGUGUGCACCGGUUUGAGGAAAAUUAUGACUGAGUAUAGAGUAUAGUGACUAUAUGUGUGGGUUCUGGGGUUUCUCACGUAAUGGAUUCCAGUGUAAUUGGUAAACAUAUUCCAUUUAUUCCACCAGGUUAUUGUCAGUGAUUGAUACUAUAGAGGUGUUUGUAGUCCACAUGAUUUGCAGGUCCUGCCAGUCAUCUACAGCAGUUCCCCCGAGCCUUGAUUUCAAAUUAGAGCAAGAAUUGCAGAGCAUCUGCUUCUGUAAAGACAGCUUUAUAUGGUGUAGAUAAAAGAUUUAUUCGGUGAGAAAUCCACAAAUUUAUCUUGAAUUGCAUUAAUACAGAACGUGCAGAGAGGAUGCUCUGUGUACCUGUGGUGUGCCUAUUGUUUUGGUUUACAACGUCCCUGUUAUCAGCUUGUAUUUAUUCCCUCUGUUCCUUCUUUUACAAACAAAUUCAUUCUGCUGAUUUAAAGCAUCACAGACCGGUUUUUUGUCUGCAAUACACAUUCUCUUUUAUCCAUUAAUGCAUCCGCUGGUUGAGACAAACCAGUUUUUUCCCGCUCUUCUGUAAAGUGAACAAAUAAUGAAAAAUAAACAUUUAAGAGGAACAACAUUUUAGGUGAUAUUUAGUGUAUUUUUAAGGCAAAUAUUUUUCACGGCAUGCUGUUUUGUUUCAGUUUAAAUCUGUACAAGUUCAUGACAGUGCCACAGCCUGAUGUCAGCAGAGGAAUGCAGACCAAGAUCAAAACAAAAUACCAGAGUCGUUCCAAGGAUGUACUCUGGAUGGCAAAUCUUGCCAGUUGUGAAGAUUAUAUACCGCCAUUAAUGCCCAUCAGUACUUCCAAGCUGGCAAGUACCCUGCACAGCUUCCUGCAUCCCUGGUGGCUUUAGGAUCAGCAUUUUGGAUAGCAACCGUGAUACACAAGUGCAGAAUGUUAUCAAAGAUCCGCCUGAGCUGUGCAGACAAUCAAGAGGUUGCUGCAGACUGUAGACUGACCCACUGAUUUUCACGUUAACCAAAGACAUGCCACUGCUGGAAAAUAAAAUUAUGAGGGAAAACUCGAGUUCAUGACUUCAUGAAAAUAUGUGUACAUAUUCCUCAUCAGCCUUUAGUUUAUUUCCCUACCUCAUGAAGUUGUUUU